AUGGUCUUCUCCCGGCUGUCUCUUCUCCUCGGCGUCGCGAGCCUCGCCGCCGCCAAGGAUGUUUAUCUCGACUGGAACAUCACCUGGGUCUGGACCGCGCCGGACGGAUUCGCCCGGCCGAUGAUUGGGAUCAACGAUCAGUGGCCCUGUCCGCUUGUUGAGGCCGACCUGGGCGACCGCAUGAUUGUGGAUGUGCACAACGGACUGGGGAAUCAGUCCACGGGUCUCCACUGGCAUGGUUUCCGCCAGUAUAUGACGGGCACGAUGGACGGGUCCAACGAGGUGACGCAGUGUCCGCUGCCGCCGGGGAGCAGCAUGCGCUAUGAGUUCGAUGUCAAUCAAACUGGCGCGUACUGGUAUCACUCGCACGAGAUGGGCCAGUAUCCGGACGGACUGCGCGGCGCAUUCGUCGUGCGUGACCCAGCGCCUCCCGUGGCUUUCGACGACGAGAUCACCAUCACCCUGACGGAUCAUUACCACGAGCAAAUGCCUGCUCUGUUGGAGAAGUACGAUGUCGACAGCACCGCCGCCCAUCCCGGGUCCAACGAGCCCAUUCCCGACUCCGCGCUGAUCAAUGAGACGAUCAACCCGACCUUCCACGUUGAGCCGAACAAGACCUAUCUGGUGCAUCUGGUCUGCGUCGGCAACUUCCCCGGCCACGUCACCGUCUUUGAAGACCACGAGAUUUCCGUCGUGCAAAUCGACGGCAUCUGGACGGACCCGUACGUGGUGACCGACAAGCAUAUCCGGCUCGCCACCGGCCAGCGGAUGAGUGUCCUGCUGCGCACUAAGGACAACACUGACCGCAACUACGCCAUCUGGGACUCGAUGGAUGUCAACAUGAUGUUCAUCUACGAGAACCGCAGCAUCCCGGAAGGCUUCAACCCUAACGCCACCGCUUGGUUGGUCUACGAUGAGUCCAAGCCUCUCCUUCCCCCUCCAGAUAUUCACGAGCUCGACCCGAACAAUAACUUCGUGGACGACUUGGACUUUGUGCCCGCAAACCAUGAGCCGGUGCUUGAGCCCGUCGAUCACCAGAUUGUCUUGGAUACAGGGGUGCGGUACCGCAAUGGCCACGCGGAGUUCCUCGUCAACGGCAAAACCUACAUCGCCCCCGAAGAGCCCACGCUGUACACCGCGCUGGCGGCCGGACCAGACAACUCGUCAGACCCUUCCAUCUACGGCCAGGUAAAUCCCUUCGUGGUCGAGUACGGCCAGGUGGUGGAGAUCGUCAUCAACAACCACCACGGGAACCUGCACCCGUGGCAUCUGCACGGCCAUCACUUCCAGGUCCUGCAGCGCACGGUUCCCGAGGGAGGAUAUUUCAAUGGAUACUGGGGGAAUAUCUCAUCCUUCCCGGUGCAACGGGACACCAUCAUGGUGCAGAACCACGGCCACGCAGUGAUUCGUUUCCGCGCCGACAACCCAGAUAAGUUUCCUUCCAGUCGGUUUGACUGCUUCUGGCUGAUCCAUUGCCAUAUCGAGUGGCACGUUACCAAGGGCUUGACAGCAACCAUCAUCGAGGCACCAGCACAGAUGCAGGACAUUCAGAUUCCAUUGGAUCACCAGCGGAUCUGUCCGAGCUAUGGCGCGCCCCCGGGUGAUUCUGGCGAGGAUACUCCAGGGGAUGAAACCCCUGGCGAUGAUACUUCUGAUAACGGAACUCCCGAUGAGAGUAGCCCUGAUGGUGAACCCCCUAGCAACGGAACCCCAGAAGAGGACGGCCCUAGUGGUGAAACGCCUGGCGCUGGUACUCCUUACCACGGAACUCACGAUGGGAGUAGUCCUGGGGGUGAAACGCCUGGCAACGGAUCUCCAGAUGAGGACGGCCCUGGUGGUGAAACUCCUGGUGCUGGUACUCCUUACCCCGGAACUCCCAAUGGAAAUAGUCCUGGUGGUGAAAUCCCUGGUGGCCUGCCCUCGAACCCUCCCUUCGGUUUAGCUCCUCACGGCUAUCCUCCCUUUGGCGGCAACCAUGAGAAUCCCUCCAGUGAUGGCUGGGCCAAUGGUUUCAAGCCCAGUGACAAGCCUGUCUUUCCCGGGCCAGUUGUCUACGAUUCCGAGUAUCACUAUGGUGGCAAGGUCGAAAGUCACAAGACUUAUGGUGUGAAUAGUGGGAAGAAGGUGGCCAUCUCUGCCGAGAGGGAUUGA